GUGUGAAAGACAAACCAGUGCGUCACGGUUGCCAUAGAAUCUUCAUGUCAAUCCGGUGGCUGUGACGACUUUUUAAUACAGCCAGAGAGUCUGCAUCGCUGGAAGAUCGAACUCCUCUGAGGUGCAGGUUCCCGGCAGUGCAAGCUGAACAGCGUCUGAAGCCCGGAGACAAAGGAUCCAGAUCCAGGGUUGGACCAGACAACAUUCGCACCAGAAGUGUAUGAGUUUUCCUUUUUCACAACAUCCCUAACAGAAGAGAUUGUUCCCUGUAUUUUGAAUCUCAAUCAGGAUACUGCAUUACAUUUGAACCAGCAUUUCUCAGUAGUCUUCUAGACUCCUAUAGUUCCUCCAGCUCUCAGUGUCACCACAACCCUGAUUGCCACCAUUGAAGACACUGGUCAGGACUCCUGAAGAAAAGAAUUUCUCACAAAUGCUUUAAAGUAACGCAGACAAUCCAUUCUUCUACCAAGUAUACUACUUUACAUUGUAUUACUAGUAAUACAUGUAAUAUUUAUUUCUUUCAAAUGAGAACACAAAUGGCUUUCAACCACAAAUGUAAAGCAAAAUUAACAGGAGAACUGGAGUUCUGAGCACACAGAUUGGUGGCAGUUCUUAGAGAAGAUAAUUCAAAGGAGAAUUUCAAAUCAGUCCCACAGAGAGUUAAAGCCACUUCUUUUCGAAGCAUUCAGUCACAGAGAAGCAACAGAAGCUGGGAGGCAUUUCAUUUUUACAGGCUCUGUGCAACCAUGAUGCUUAAGAGGGAAGAAGUAAGAUAAACUGAUUGUAUUUCCACUGGCAGCAAAGGUUUUCAGUAGAGCGGCUUUCACAGACUCAGCAUAGCCAGCAAAUAAAAUUAGCAAUGAAAAUAUAGAUUAGCUUUACAAUCCAGGCAUUCUGUUUUCAGAAGGACUUUCCUUGCCCCUUGCCCCUCGUCCCCCUCAGACACACAGGCUUGCAGGUUCCGGGAAAGAAAACCUCGCUGCUGACUUCUGUGCCCCUGCAGAAACCCUUUAUGAAGAAUCGAGUCUGCUUCUAUUUUUUCUCUCGGGCUGGAGAUGAGUUAGCUCAGGGACUGUCCUGCCCACCAGGGAGUUCUGUUUUCUUUUCCAGCCUCUGCUGGAGAUGACAGUGGGAAAGCGUGGGAGGCUGAAUUCAGAAACAGAUCCAAAAGCCUGCCUGGAGGAGAGAGCCUGCAUGCCGAUGGAUAAGGAAUGGGCAGAGCUGAUGGAACCGGAAGAUUGUUUCCCCUGUCAUUUAAAGGUUCUCUUAGGUUCAUGAAGAUGGAGUCAAAGAUCGUAGGCACACUGCUGGAAAUUUCCAUUAAUAAUCUGCUGAGAAAUGAGCCUGCAACUAUCCACGCCAUGGAAGAACUCCCAAUAGACAUCUUCAUUCCAUUAUUUACUUCUGCUUUGGGGAACAGACAAAAGAAUGUACUAAAAGCAUUGGUGAGAUGUUGGCCCUAUCAUUGUCUGCAUGUUGGAACACUGAAUAUACCUGAAUCAUCCUAUGAUAUCUUGGAAGCCAUGGUCGAUGGCCUGCAGUUCGUCCCUGCCCAGAAUUCUUCCUCAGGGGGCUCCAAACUAAGAAUCCUGGAUUUAAGGCAUGAUCCUGACUGUGAGAUAAUAUGCUCAUAUAGGGCCAAACACUCUUUUUGUUUUCUGUCAUGUGUUUAUUCUCAGCACUCUAUGCUUAAAGCAAAAGAUGGAGAGCAUAAUGUUAUGUGCCUUGGAAUGGAUAGCUCAGAGUCUACGCCUUUGCCAGCCUUGAAAACUAUGGAAUUGUUAAUGGAUCUUAAUUUCAAUUAUACAUUGGUAGAAACACAAUUUCUUUCUUUUCUCAAGAAUAAGAUUGAACAAAGCUCUGGGUCAUUGCACCUUUGCUGCAGAAGUUUGCAAAUUGAUGACAUAGAUGUGUAUAAAAAUAGUCUGCAAAUUAUGGAUUUGGUAUGCAUUGAUCGCCUGGAGUUGCAGAAGGCUCACUUGAGGGAUAUCAACAUGCUCUUAUCUCAGCUGAGCCACCUGGAAAGCCUCACCCUGAUUGAUGUUGAAUGUAGAUCUUGUAAGGGGAAAAUCUUCAAAACUUUUCUCUCUUGUCUUGGGAAUCUGAACAACCUUGAGGAACUGAACUUGUCUUUCUUCUGCCUCACUGAUCAACUAAAAAAAAUACUCAGUGUCCUGCGACCUCAGUUGGAUAUACUGAGUCUGACUGUCUGUGACCUAUCUAACAAAGACCUCAGUAUCUUAUCCCAGAGCACUCAGUCCAGCCACUUAAAGCUACUAAAUCUGAGUAAUAAUCAGAUAUUCUGGGAAGGUUCUGAGCCCUUCCAGACUCUGCUGGAGCGGGUCUCAGGCACCAUUCAGUAUCUAGAGAUAAACAACUGCCAAAUAACUGAUUCUUCUCUCACUGCUAUCCUUCCAGCCCUGAGCAGCUGCUCACACCUUCGUGUCUUUAGCUUUGCUUGCAAUUCAAUUACAAUGUCUGCACUAGUAAGUGUUGUGCGACACUUGACGGGCUUAAAGGAGCUGAGGUAUGUGAUUUAUCCUGUUCCUUUGGAUUGCUAUGAGCAAGGGGAUGUAAAUGGCAAUUUAGACCAAGAGAAAGUUGCUUCAUUGCACAACCAACUGAAGUUGUUACUAGAGUUGGCACAUCGUGAAGACAUGAGGUGGACCAGCCUUCCUUAGUUACUUUCACAGUACAAGUAAUUGCUUCAACAUUGAUGUGGAGCCAUUAACACAUUGUUGCUGGCAUGUUCCAUCAGUGGCUCAUAUUUGUAUGCGGCUUAACAAACCCUGUAUCCCCAGGACCAGCAUGUUAAAAUACACAUUGGUUUUCCUGAUGCCCAAAAUUGUAGAGAUACAUACUAUUCUACUGUUUAAGAAUCUUACUCUACUCAAUUCUUGUUGGCCCUCUUUUGCUAUUCAGCCCUCAGCUCAUGGCUUCCAUGUUAAUACCUCAGAGAGGUUUUUUUGGACUUGGUUUUGUUUGCUUUGGAGCCACAUCUGAUGUACUUUGGACUUCCUCCUGGCUCUUGGCUCAGGGCUCACUCCUGGAGAGCUCGGGGGGACCAAAUAGGGUACUGGGAACCGAACUCAGUUUGACAUACCUAAGACUAAAGAAUGCACAGUGAAUUUAUAUGUUAAUGUUUUGUUCUUAAUAUUUCCAUUUUGUAACAACUUGUUGUAUUUCAGACUUAGAAAAAUGUUAAAAUUAUAUAUAACUUGUGAAUAUUGUUUUCUCUUUGAAUUAUCACUGUGCACUUGAAUGAUUUUGUUAUGAAAAUGCGAAAUUAAUGUAUUAAUGUUGUUAAUAUUUUGAAAUAAUGCACUGCAUUUCAAGAUCUUACUGACAUGUGAAAUUACCAUAUCACUUCGAAGUUUAAGUUAUUUAUGUAUAUAUAUUCUUUGUUUGGCAUUAAAUAAACUAAUUUAGAAAUUACA